AUCGUCAAUAAUUAGGUAGGAGGUUAUAUAAAGACCAUAUGCUGCAGAUAAAUAUGAGAUUGAAGUACAAACUAUGGAAUCCUCAUCAGGUGUUGAUGUAGGUGACAAGUACCGUUCUUUCUUAUAUGGAGAAGGAGAGAAGAGCACCAAAUGGAGAUUUGGUGCUCCUCCUAAUUACGAUGUUGUCAACAAGCUUUUCGAAGAAGGUCGAACUAAGAUAUGGCCUCCUGGUUCACUUGAAGAAAAGGUGCAGAACUUGUUGAAGACAUAUGAAAUGGAGCUAUUCCACAAAGAAUGCCCUGAUGACUACAAAUCAGUUGACGCAAAUAAGCUCACUUUAAGCGUAAAUGGAAGCAAAGCUUUUAACUUUGGUGAAUUGCUGAAAAUCGGUGGCUAUAACUUUCAUCUUCAAACUUCCAUGCCUGAAGAGUUAAGGUUGUACAAUCCUGCUGUUGAAACUGCAGAAUCAUCCCAUAAUGCUUUUACGACGACGUUCCCACGAGGGUUUGCAGUGGAGGUUCUCCAUGUCUAUUCAGGGCCGCCAGUGAUUGUGUACAAGUUCAGGCACUGGGGUUACAUGGAAGGUCCAUUCAAAGGCCAUGCUCCUACUGGAGAAUUGGUUCAACUCUUCGGCCUGGCCAUUUUUGAGGUUUGUAUACUUUCUGGUUCUCGUUUCUUCACUUGCAGCUUUCGUCGUCUUCGAUUUUUACAGGAAUUACAACCACUUUUUCUUUUGUUUCCUUUUUCUGGGUUGAAAAAGGUGGAUGAGAGGAUGAGAAUUGUGAAGGUGGAGUUAUUUUACGAUCCGGCAGAUUUGCUUGGACCUCUCUCAAAGGGUCCUAAAUUGGAUACUUGUGCUGCAGAGGAGGCAGCCGCAUCAAGUUGCCCUGUCUUGAGGAACACGGGCUGAUGAAUAUAACAUUACAGUGUGGUUGUGUUGUUACUGUUUAUGAAUAAGUUGUUAUCAGCUGCUGGAGUCAAUAAGUCGGACUUUCGUAGUAUUCUCUCUGUAUUUUGUUUGGUCUACAGUGUGAUUGUGUUACUACUUGGUAUAUUUUUUACCAAAUUAAGAGUUA